GCAUGUGAUGCCCAGCGCUGCUAUAAUAACCCAGUCUGAGCCAUCCAGAGAUCUAAUAACAACAGAGCUCAUCACCGUCAUCGUACUACAGAUAUCCUUCAUCCUGAUCUAAUCCCUCUGAGAUGAGAGCCGCUGUGCCUGUCCUGCUCUUAGUGGCGCUCGCCGGGUGUCGGAGUGUGUUUUGUGUGUCCCUGGAUGUUGCUGCGAAGGAGGAUGGGUCUGACGAGAGAGUGGAGAUUAGUGACCUGCAGAAGUCAGAUGAGACCAAGUCUGAAGCCGAAUCAGAAGAGGAAAGAAUGGCACAUGACAACUGCUUUGGGAAGGCUGUAAGAGAUCAACCUGAGCAGAAGUUUAACCCCACUGUUUCUUCAGUCAGUGAAGAAAUAACACGAGGCUCUGAGACUCAGAACACCACAGAGACGAAGACUGAAGAUGAAGGAACUGAAGCGAGAGCAGAAGUGCAAGCACUGAGUCUGGACAUGGCGGAAGAAGACAGUGACGAAGAACGGUCUGACAUCAAGCUGCUUAAACGUCUAGGUGACACCAGCGUGGCCGAGGAAUAAGAGGAGCAUGAUUACGCCUCGUGUACCUGCUGAAGAACCACAGGGGCAACCUAUUAUACCUAAUAAAGAAAUGGUACUCAUAA